AGGUGUCAGAUGAAUAUCAGCCUUUCGUGUGGACGGUAGACGCAGGAAUGUUGAUUUAUUCAUAAAAUAAUUUAUUUUAAACGAAAGUGUUUUACAAUUUACUGUUACGAAUAUCUGUUUGAAUAUUGUAAGCAGUGUUUUUUGUUAAAAAUAACAGAACAGUUGGUGUUAGAACGUAGUGACGUCAUUUAAAGUUUGAUACAAGUUUACUAUGAGAUGAGCGUUCGAAGAAAGUUUUGUUUGCAAUAAACAGAGGUGAAAGUUUCUUUAAAAUGUUGCGUGCCAAAUCGUGAAGAAAUGUCCCCGACGCUCGACCAAUCGACCGUAAUUAACGUGAAUUAAGUAGUAUCAGAUAGCCAUAUACAAAUUCCUCAAAGUUGUAAGAUAGAUUCCUAACUGUAAAGCACAAAUUUGUAUGUUUUGUAAUAUUUAUCUUACGUUACAAGUCGAAUAACAUAAUGGCUUUAAAAAUGGAAUCGAAGAAUGACCUGGAUUUUAUACUAAGGAAUCUAUUAGCCGGUGGCGUGGCUGGUAUGUGUGCAAAGACGACAGUUGCACCACUCGACCGCAUCAAGAUCCUCCUCCAAGCACAGUCCUCCCACUACAAACACCAUGGUGUCUUCGGUGGUCUCGUGGCGAUAGUGAAACAGGAGUCCCUAUUGGCAUUGUACAAAGGCAACGGUGCUCAGAUGGUCAGAAUAUUCCCGUAUGCGGCGACACAGUUCACAAGCUUCGAGAUUUACAAAAGGUACCUGGGCAGGCUGAGCAUCCCGCUGGUGCAGCACGGAGACAAAUUCCUGGCGGGCGCGGCGGCCGGCGUGACGGCUGUCACGCUGACCUACCCGCUCGAUACCAUCCGAGCGCGUCUCGCCUUCCAAGUGACGGGCGAGCAUCGCUACACCGGCAUCGCCCAUGCUGCCACCACCAUAUUCAAGACUGAGGGCGGCAUCCGCGCGCUGUACCGCGGCUUCGUGCCGACCAUGGUGGGCAUGGUGCCGUACGCGGGCUUCAGCUUCUACUGCUUCGAGUCGCUCAAAUUCUUCUGCAUGAAGUAUCUGCCCACUGCGCUGUGUCGUAAAUGCGACAGGAACACUGGUGGUCUAGUACUGACGGUGCCCGGCAAGCUGGUCUGCGGCGGGCUGGCGGGCGCGGUGGCGCAGUCGGUGUCGUACCCGCUCGACGUGACGCGGCGCCGCAUGCAGCUGGCCUGCAUGAACCCGGAGACUGCCAAGUUUGGAACGGGCAUGGUGAAGACCCUCACCCUCAUAUACCGCGAGAACGGCGUAGUGCGCGGCCUGUACCGCGGCAUGACUGUCAACUACAUCCGCGCCAUCCCCAUGGUGGCCACCUCCUUCUCCACCUACGAGCUGAUGAAGCAGCUGCUCAACCUCGACACCGGCAUGAAGAUCUCGUAAGCGACUAACGUUCGAAGAUGACGUCAUCAGCCAUCUUGACUUUUUUCACAAGCACUACACAGACAGAAAAGUAAAUAGACAAAUGGAAAUGUAUACAGGGUGGUCGGGAGUAUUUCCCAUAACUUCAAGGUGUUGACGAGUCUACUUAUGUGAGCCGAACAGCAUAGGUAACUUUUUUUUUUAUUGAAAAAAAAAAGUUUUUAUUUUUUCAUACAAAGUAAUUCAAAUAAUUCCGACUAUCCAUGUAACACACGCCUUUAUCUAUCCUUGAAUUUAAAAAUACGUAAUCGUAGUGGUAAGACUUGAUAUCGAUGAGAUAUUGCAACUGGCACUCCGCACAUAACUAGCAAGCUACUUCAUGAUAUUUAUCAAUGAAUAAUUUUGGCUAGAUCACAAUAUGUCAUAAUAUAAGGAUGCGAUGUAAGGGACACAAUUUAAGAUCUAUUUAUAAAAGAAAUAUUUUUUACUCCGAAAAUAUUCAUUUUAGAACACAUGUUCCUUAGACAUUUUUAAUUAAUUUUUCUUAAAGAAUAUAACGAUAGUGUUAUGGUAAAUACUCCCGAGCACCCUGUUUAUAUUGACAGAAAAGUAAAUAGACAAAUAGAAAGCAUCCAUUACAUUUUUUCAUGAAGCGGCUGCUCAACCUCGGCACCAGCAUGAUAUCUCGUAAUCGAUAAAGGUACCAAGACAUCUUUACGUUUACACUCUCUCUCAAACUAGCUAUUAUAGCUAGUCUAUUUACUUCUCACAAUGUAUACAUAGACAAAGAAGUUAAUAGACAUGAUCAGAAAGCAUCCCAUCUAAUUAUCUCAAAAUAACGUAAGCUUUUCGUUCUCAAAGUAACGUAAAUAUUUAUUUUUGUGAAACCAUGGCUCCUUGUUAGGAUAUCAAAAUCAAACAAUAAUCAAAAUUUUUUAUAACUUUUUACUUAUGACGGUACGCCGAUCAGUUGUCUACUUACUUUUUGUCUACGCUGCUACAAUUGACACUCAAAUUGUUAGGCAUAAUUUUAAUACCUAGCACUUUUUCCACAAGUGAUAAAUAUAGUAUUUUCAGUACAACAGAGGCCGUGCCACAAGCUCUGAAAUCCGGUAUUCCAUCAUGUUUCGACGAAUGAUACUUCUACUUACGCCCAUAAAUAAUAUGGACAGAUAUCAUGUAUAUAACUACAUAUUAUGUUAUUAUAAUUUUUAAAGCUCGUUCCUUCUGGUUGGUGGGAGGCUUUGGCCGUGGCUAGUUACCACCCUACCAGCAAAGACAUACUGCCAAGCGUUCCGGUAGGUACGAUGUCGAGUAGAAACCGAAAGGGUAUGGAUUUUCAUCCGACUCUUAACAUGUUAGCCCGCUUCCAUCUUUGCAUCAUCACUUACCAUCAGGUGAGAUUGUAGUCAAGGGCUAACUUGGAAAAAAAAUCUGUAGAGUCAUAUUUAUGUAUUAGACAGAGAUUCAUAGAUGAUGAAUAUAUUAUAUUAGACAGAGAUACAAUUACACAAACGUCCUUACAGAAACAGAACUCAAGUGUACCGCACGUAUUAUCCAAGUGUUAUGCUAUUUUCAUACCUAAGAUCGAGCUAUAUAUAAAUAUAGCAUAUAAAAAUUGAUGAUAUUGAAAUGUUAACAUGGUAUGUAUACGAAUGAAAUGUUUUAAAAUGAAUUAAGUAAUUUAAUGCUUCAAAUUAAAUUGAUGUUUUACUCUGCCACACAAUGGACCCGCAGAGUGAAUCCAUGGAAUGCUGAGUUUUUCGUCCCUUCUUUCUUCUCUUUUUUUUUGAGGAGGAGGAGAAAAAAGAGGAGUUUUAUAACUUUGACUUGUCUAUGGCAUCCUCAGACCAAUUAUAGAAGGACCUGUAUCGCACUCAUAGUCACGAACAAAAUUGUCUGUCAUUUUCUGAAGAAAACGAGCUUAGAUUUGGUAUAUAUUUUAUACUAAACUAGAAGUUUUGCCCGUUUUUUAAACAAUUCAAUUACACGAAAAGGUAUUUUUACGGAGCUCUUUAACCGACGAACACGAUUACAACUAUUUAACAUUGAUUCUAUAGAGACAGUUUUUAUAAUCGCAUUAGAUCGUUGAUCAUAUACUUUGACAGAAAAGUAACGUCUAGCGAGGCAGGUCUUAUACAAUAAUUGGUCUGAGAUGGCAUCAUAGCUUUUAAAUUAAUGGACCAAUCACGUUGAGGUUUUUUUGUUUGAAAGCCCAAUAAGCCCAAAGAUUACAGCUUUUUUCUAAUAAGGCGAUAAGAAUUCAAUUAAAUAUACAGUUUAAUAAAUAUUAUUUUAUAAUAUUAACUAAGUAAUAACAAAUGUAACUUUAAUACAGAAAAAUCAGUAUUUCUAAUUGUAUCCUGACCAAUGAUAAACAAAAUCCAUUUGUAAUAAAAUUCUAAUUGAUAAAUAAAGUGCUAAGGGUAUCAAAUCAGCAAUGCAACCUUUUCAGUAUUAUGAAAUUAUAAGACGACAUUAUACGAGUAUAUUUUGAACGAUAUGAAAGAAUAUUCUUUUGUAUUAUUUAUUUUUUUAUUUAAGGAUGAGCCGCUUUAUUUGUACGUUAAUCGCACCCACGGUUGUUAAAUGAUCUUAAUAUGACAUUUUUCUGAGAAGUGAAUAUGAGAAUUUUAAAUUUAAAAUGUUUUUUUGACAAUACGAGCCAAAAUGCCUGUCGGCCAUGAUGUUUCAACUUUUUCAUGACGUCACUAUAUCAAUUCCUUUAUAAACGGAUUUGACAAAGAUAAUAGAUAAUAAAUUAGUUUGACGUUUCGUCAAGUAACAUUGCGACGUCACAAAAUAGACGACAGCGUUUUUGACAUUUGGAAUUUUUUUUUAAUUAAAAAGUUAAAUUAUUACAAAAUUAAUAUUGUUUAAAUUAAAUUUGAUAUGAGUCAACUAUUGGUCAAAAAAUAACGAAUUUUUUGACAAAUGUUGGCGGAAUACCGAUUAUUACCAUUAUGAUUUAUCGACUCCUUCAACCAUUGUAUCAAAAUCAAUUGGCCAGUAUCUAAAAUAUGCUUAAUGAAUUAUUUUUGAUAUUAUUUCUAGUCUUUAAGCUCGAGUGGCGCAUUCCAUUUUUAGACAUCACAAAUUAUUUUUAUUAAUCUACUAUACAUGCAAAACUUAUGAAUUGUUCUUGCUCUCUAAUAAAAUUAUUGUUUUUUCAUAAAUAAAAAAAUAUCUAGAUAAAUUUAAUGAAUAUGAUAUUAUUUGUGUCGGUGGGUAUUAGGUAAACGAAACGGUUAUAUAACGAAAUUCUGAAAAUUAUAUUCAUUAAUAAUAUUUAUUUUUCUAAAUUAUUGGACAAGCUUUUUAGGCGGCAUAUUUGUUGUAUAUGACACUAAAAUGACAGCUCUAAACAGAGACCAGUCGCAAACUUGAGACCUGUCAAUUUAUGUGUAAAUCUAAAAGGUUUUACUACCAAUGAAUUAUCGCCACUGUUACAGUUAAAUUAUUAUUGAAUGUUAGUAAACUUUGUGGUGUAAGAUUUUCUUAUAAAGAAAGUAAAAUAUUUAUAUUUUAUUAUAUUAAUGUUAAUUACUUAGAUAAGAAUAAAAUGAACAGCACACAAUAAACUUGUAUAAUUUAACUAUAGUUAGAAAAUACUACAAAUAAUUAUAAUUUAUUAUUGGUGAAGAGUUGUAUUUAUUUUACUAUGUAAUAAAGUGUUCUUUAUUUUUAA